UUGAAAUUUCAAACGUUCAAUUCCAAUUCUAGGGUUUCGAAUGUCUUCACCUCCAUCGACCAAGAUUCAGUAAAGCCUCUGAUUCAACUUCGAGAUUCUUUACUCAGUCAUGGCAUCUGAUUCGAAUCGAACACGAAUUGACCAGUUUUAUGCUUCAAAGAAAAAGAAAGCGAUAUCGCCUGGACUAAGAAAAGAAAAAGAUUUCAAAGGUGGACUAAGUGGAACAUCUCCUACUGCUAAAGGUUCUUUGGAGAAUUACUUGGUAAAAUCAUCUCAGGAUGAUGAGUUUAGGGUCUCUGGUGUUGUUGCUUCGUCGAGGACAAGUCAGAUUAAGAGAAAAUUGGUGGAGGAUAAUGAGGAUUCGUCUUCGAGGACACAAAUUAAAAGAGACACAUUGUUUGUUAAAGAACAAGCAGAUGUCUCUCUUGGAGUGGUGGAUGAUGGUCCAAAUCGAGCUGCUUUAGAUGAAACAAUAAGUUCUGCUCCUGCAGAACUACAACAGUUUGCUGCUCAUUUUUUGCCGCUGUACUGCAGUAAUCUUUCAUCCAGGGUAAGCCCAUCGUUGGAACGGAAAUCGAAUGUGUACAAAAGGAGUGGUAGCCCAUCUCUUCUAGACGUGGAAGACAAGAAGGGAAAGAAGAAACAAUGUGUCCUCAGUCAGGAGCAAUCUCGAUUGGAAGAUGGGUUUGCUUCCCCAGUUAAGGAAUGUCAUGAAGGUGUGAAACAUGCAACGGAAGAAGUAGUCUCUGUUUGUCCUGCAGAACCUGAUGCUUCUGAAAAUAAACCGGUUGAUAUUCAUGGGAGCUUGACAAAAGGCAGUGAGCAGCUUAAAUCAAAGUUAGAUGCGGUUGAUUUAUGCACGCCUGAUAUACAGAAAAGUAAGGCGCUUGAAACACCUAGGUCAGUUCAGGGAAGCUCCAUCUUUUCACCUGGAGAGUCAUUUUGGAACGAAGCAAUUCAAUUUGCUGAUGGUAUUUUUAUUCCCAAAGACGAAAUGUCUGUCGAAGGAGUGCGCAAACUUAGUGCUUUAAAGGGUCAGUCUGAAGAAAAGAUAGCCAAGCUCAUAGAAGCAAGGAAUUCUUACAGAUUGCGUGAGAAGAAAACCAUUGAGAAUUCAGAAUUUGUGUUAGCUAAAGAGGUGUCUCCUUUACCCGUCAAGCAUUUCGAUUUCUUACAGGAUGAUAAAAACUUGGAGGAGAGUACUUCUCAUCCAUUUUCUACCAGUAAAACGAAGGAUUAUAAUGAUAAAGGUGGUGGACACUCUGAUGCUGGUUCUGUUAAACGCAAAGUUUUGCAGACCACUAGUUUUCUAUCUCGUUGCGGAACUGCUCAGCCAAAUAAGUUCAAUUCCUCUGAAGGGAACAUUGAAUCUUCUAUUCAUAUAUCCUCAAAUACGGAGCUCGUUGUUCCAGGUUCUGGCAGUGGAGAAAAACUCGAAGUUCAAAAGAUGGAUUUCACUUCUGUGGCAGCUGAAAGCAACAGGGCCUUACGGAGUGGAGAGAAUAAAAAUAGCCCAUCUGCAGGACAAACAGAAGAUAUUAGGAAUACUUUUGUUUCUGAUCUUAAAAAUUCUGAAUCAUGUACUCCAUCGAGUUCUCUGGGAGAAAAGGGUUUUUUGGAACUAAGCAGCUGGCUUCCCCCAGAGUUAUGCGGUAUAUAUAUGAAAAAGGGCAUUUCGAAGCUGUAUCCUUGGCAGGUUGACUGCCUCAAGGUGGACGGAGUCUUGCAGAGAAGAAAUCUUGUGUAUUGUGCAUCUACAAGUGCUGGUAAGAGUUUCGUGGCUGAAAUCUUGAUGCUCCGGCGAGUCAUAGCAACUGGAAAAAUUGCAUUACUUGUGCUGCCCUAUGUAUCAAUUUGUGCAGAAAAGGCAGAACAUUUGGAAGUACUUUUGGAGCCUCUGGGUAAGCAUGUACGCAGUUUCUACGGAAACCAAGGAGGUGGAUCACUGCCUAAAGAUACUUCGGUAGCUGUUUGUACAAUUGAGAAGGCAAACUUUUUAAUUAACAGAUUGUUGGAAGAAGGGCGUCUUUCUGAAGUUGGAAUUAUCGUUAUAGAUGAACUACACAUGGUUGGUGAUCAGCAUCGAGGGUAUCUUUUGGAGCUGAUGUUGACCAAACUUCGGUAUGCUGUGGGGAAAGGUAAUACAGAAUCAUCUAGUGGAGAAAGCUCUGGUUCGAGUAGCGGAAAGGGAGACCCCGCUCAUGGGUUGCAGAUGGUUGGAAUGAGUGCAACCAUGCCAAAUGUAGCAGCUGUAGCUGAUUGGCUUCAAGCAGCACUGUAUCAGACAGAAUUUCGACCUGUUCCACUUGAAGAAUACAUUAAAGUUGGGAGCAGUAUUUAUAACAAAAAGAUGGAACUUAUUCGAACAAUUCCUAAAACUGCUGAUCUUGGUGGUAAAGAUCCAGACCACGUUGUGGAACUAUGCAAUGAGGUGGUUCAAGAAGGUCAUUCAGUACUUAUAUUUUGUUCGAGUAGAAAAGGAUGUGAGUCAACUGCAAAGCAUGUUGCUAAGUUCCUGAAGAAGUUUCCCAUCAGCAACAAUGAUGAUCAAAGUGAACUGAGUGACAUUUCUUCUGCUAUUGAUGCCCUUAAAAGGUCUCCUGUAGGACUGGAUCCUGUAUUAGAAGAAACUCUGCCGUCUGGAGUUGCCUACCACCAUGCUGGCCUCACGGUUGAAGAAAGAGAAGUUGUCGAAACCUGCUACCGGAAAGGACUAGUACGUGUUUUAACUGCUACGUCCACAUUAGCUGCUGGGGUUAACUUACCUGCUAGGAGAGUAAUAUUUCGACAGCCGAAGAUUGGCCGUGAUUUCCUAGAUGGGACAAGGUACAAACAGAUGUCCGGUCGUGCUGGUCGUACUGGAAUUGACACCAAAGGAGAAAGUGUACUUAUUUGCAAAUCAGAGGAGAUUAAAAGAAUUACCGCUAUUCUUAAUGAUAGCUGCCCCCCCUUGCAAUCUUGCCUCUCUGAUGAUAAAAACGGAAUGACUCAUGCAAUUUUGGAGGUUGUUGCUGGCGGGAUUGUGCAAACUGCUAAUGAUAUUCAUCGAUAUGUUAGGUGCACACUUCUCAAUUCAACAAAACCAUUUCAAGAUGUUGUCAAGUCAGCUCAGGAUUCUCUUCGGUGGCUAUGCCAUAUGAAAUUUCUUGAAUGGAGUGAAGAGACCAAGUUGUACAGCACCACACCACUUGGGCGUGCAUCCUUUGGAAGUUCUCUAAGCCCUGAAGAAUCCCUUGUUGUUCUGGAUGAUCUUUCGAGGGCAAGGGAAGGAUUUGUGCUUGCAUCCGACUUGCAUUUAGUUUAUUUGGUCACACCCAUUAAUGUAGACGUUGAGCCAGAUUGGGAGUUGUUCUACGAGAGGUUCAUGCAGUUGUCUCUUCUUGAGCAAUCAGUUGGCAAUCGUGUUGGAGUGGGAGAACCUUUUUUGAUGCGAAUGGCUCAUGGUGCACCCAUCUCAGUGAAAUCAAGAGAGAAUAAGAAAGGCUUGCAAGGAAGAUGUCAAAACCUAUCUGUUGGUGGUACCAACAAGCUUUCGGAUGAGCAAACUCUUCGUGUGUGUAGACGCUUUUAUGUGGCGUUAAUGUUAUCAAGACUUGUUCAGGAGGCACCUGUGGGUGAUGUGUGUGAAGCUUACAGAGUGGCUAGAGGGAUGGUACAGUCCCUCCAAGAAAAUGCUGGAAGGUUUGCUUCAAUGGUUACGUUGUUUUGUGAGAGACUUGGUUGGCAUGAUCUAGAAGGUUUAGUUUCGAAGUUCCAGAAUAGAGUUUCGUUUGGAGUACGAGCAGAGAUUGUAGAACUGACUAAUAUCCCAUAUGUUAAGGGUUCUCGAGCUAGAGCACUCUACAAAGCUGGCUUACGUACACCUCAAGCCAUUGCUGAGGCAUCUAUUCCUGAGAUAGUCAAAGCUCUUUUUGAAUCUUCGUCUUGGGUUGAACAAGCUUCAGCACAAAGGCGUAUACAAUCAGGAGUUGCCAAGAAAAUAAAAAAUGGUGCUCGCAAAAUUGUUCUUGACAAAGCUGAAGAGGCAAGAUUAGCUGCUUUUUCAGCUUUUAAAUCUCUUGGGAUUGAUGUUCCUCAGUUUGGACAACCCUUGAUUUGCAAUGUUGCUGGGAAUCCCAUUAAUGACGAAGGCGGAGUGGCCUCCUCUGGGGAUGACAAUAAUUGUAACCUUAUCGAUAUCGAACCCACAGAAAAUGUUGCAGCCGAACUUGCUACCGAAGGGGCCGAGGCUUCUGACGCUGCUGUGCAACACAUUGAACGAGGGAAGUCAAUGAAGGUAUCAGAUACUGUGUUAGGCACCUCAAAUGAGGUAAACUCAGAUGUUGCAUUGGCCAGCAGCAAAAUCCUUGGAGUACCGAUUGGAGGUUUAUCCUUAGCUUCUGAUGAUCAGAUCCAAUCAGGUGUCAUUCAUAGAGAAAACUUUGUGUUACCAACAUCUGCACAAACUGUAGACACUAGCAAGAACAAUACAGUAGCUGGGAAGUUUGUAGACGCUAGCAAUAAUAAUUCAAUAGCUGGUAGUCACCUUAAACAUGAACAGGUAAUAGAUAGCAGUAGAGGAGAAACUGCAUUUAGCAAUGAUAGUCAGAACCUUAGUGAGAGAGGUCCUGUUAAUGCAAGUAAACUGCCUGGCGGAAUUGAUUCAUUUCUAGAUCUCUGGGAUACAAUCACCGAGUUUUAUUUUGAUGUUCACUUCACAAAACGAUCAGAACUGAACUCUAUUGUACCGUUUGAAAUUCAUGGACUGUCCAUUUGUUGGGAAAGUUCAUCUGUGUAUUAUUUGAAUUUGUCAAGGGAUCUAACUUGUUCCGGCGUCAGGAAACCUGAAGAUCCGCCCGGGAGCAUAAAUGGCGGCAAGUAUGGUUUUCUAACUCCAAAUCAUCAGUGGGACAUGGUUAAACAUAGAUGGAGUAGGAUAGCUAAGAUCAUGGCACGAAGAGACGUCAAGAAAAUAGGCUGGAACCUAAAAGUUCAGAUGCAGGUGUUAAAGAACCCUGGCAUUUGGAUUCAUCGGUUUGGUAGAGUGAGCUUUACGCAGAAGGAAAUGGAUAUUCAACUAGUUGAUAACUCAUUCUUUUUGCUUCCCCGGGUAUAUGUAGAAGAUGUGAUUGACAUGUCUAUUGUAGCAUGGAUACUAUGGCCCGAUGAAGAGAGAAGCUCCAACCCGAAUCUCGAAAAGGAAGUAAAGAAAAGGUUAUCCCCUGAGGUGGCUGCCGCUGCCCAUCGGUAUGGUAGGUGGAAGAACCAGAUGCGCCGAGCUGCCCAUGAUGGCUGCUGCCGUCGUGUUGCUCAGAUCCGAGCUCUAGGUUCUGUCUUGUGGAAGUUAAUUGUUUCAGAAGAACUUGUUGAAGCUCUUGUUAGCAUUGAAAAUCCACUGGUUAAUAUUCUUGCGGAUAUGGAGCUGUGGGGAAUAGGAGUCGACAUGGAAGGAUGCCUUCGAGCAAGGCAGAUACUGGGAAAAAAGUUAAAGGAGCUUGAGGCUGAAGCUUACAGGCUAGCUGGAAAGAACUUCUCAUUGUACACAGCUGCUGAUAUUGCGAAUAUACUCUUUGAUCACUUGAAGCUGCCCAUACCUGAAGGUCAAACCAAAGGAAAACAGCAUCCAAGUACUGAUAAGCAAACCUUGGAUAUAUUAAGGCAUCAGCAUCCUAUUGUUUCCGUGAUUAAAGAGCAUCGAACUUUGGCAAAGCUAUUAAACUGUACGUUAGGAUCGAUUUGUUCUCUGUCGAGGCUAUCUAUGAGGUCACAGAGGUACACAUUACAUGGUCAUUGGCUCCAGACCUCAACAGCAACUGGGCGUCUUUCAAUGGAGGAGCCAAAUCUCCAGUGUGUUGAACAUGAAGUUGAGUUCCAAUCGUGUGUCAAGGACAAAACUGGAAGUGAUCUAGAAGCUACUCGCCACUUAAUCAAUGCACGUGAAUAUUUUAUGCCUACUCAGGACAAUUGGUUGUUGCUGACUGCAGAUUAUUCUCAAAUAGAAUUGCGAUUGAUGGCUCAUUUCUCCAAGGAUUCUUCGUUAAUUCGGCUUCUUAGUAAGCCAAAUGGUGAUGUAUUUACAAUGUUAGCUGCGAGAUGGACUGGGCAGCAAGAAUCUAAAGUUAGCUCCAAAGAGAGGGAUCAAACAAAAAAGUUGGUUUAUGGUAUCCUAUAUGGAAUGGGUCCUAAGACGCUUGCCGAACAACUAGAUUGCAGCUCAGACAAUGCUGCCGAAAAAAUUCAAAGCUUUAAGAGUUCUUUCCCUGGUGUUGCUUCGUGGCUUCAAGAAGCAGUUGAAUCUUGCCGCCAGAAAGGAUAUGUCACAACUCUUAAGGGGAGAAAGCGCUUCUUAUCCAAAAUAAAAUUGGGAACCAGCAAAGAAAAAGGAAAAGCCCAGAGACAAGCUGUUAAUUCUAUUUGCCAGGGAUCUGCUGCUGAUAUAAUUAAGAUUGCAAUGAUAAAUAUUCACUCGGUGAUUACUGAGGGAUGUCCUGUACCUGAUUCAGCUACAAAGUUUGCAGAACAGUUUCCCAUGCUAAAAGGCCACUGCCGGCUUGUUCUACAGGUACAUGAUGAACUUGUACUGGAAGUAGAUCCUUCUGUCCUACGGGAAGCUGGAUUAUUGCUGCAAGGGAGCAUGGAAACUGCUGCAGCGCUUCUGGUUCCUCUGCAAGCAAAACUAAAGUUUGGAAAAACAUGGGGUUCAUUGGAACCUUUUCAUGCAUCGUAAGGAAGCCAUACAACAGUUAUAUAUCACAAGUAAUAUUCCUGGAUUUUUUUUUUGGCUGAUGUUCGUGAAGGAGGGUUGUUUGAUGUGAAACGUCCGAAGUAGCUAAGUCAAUUUCUCAUUGGCCAUUUUAAAGAACAAACAACUUCCGGAAGUAGACUAGGCUUUCAAAAUCUGAAUCUACACUGAAGUUAAAAAGGAUUUUUACCUUUCCACAAAUACAUACCUUCAUGAAGUGCGAAACACCUUGUCCCGAGCCAUGCAGGAAAUAAGGUAGAUGAAUGCAUGCCUGCCACUUUAUUCGAGGAGGAUAUGUAAAAAUGCAACAAUAAACUUGAACUGAACUGGUUCAUUAGUGGCAUAAUGGUGCCAAUGUUAACUUCCGAGCGUGUAUCUUAAUCAGGAAAACUGUAAGAUGUAUACUGCUUAAACUGUCUGAAAGUUGAGAAAAUGAAGCCCUUGUAACGACCAAGUCUACAUCUAGUCCUGCUAUUGGAGAGUAUAUAAUUCAUCUGCUGAUCUUGGAAUGUGAAGGUUAAAACCAGCAUAUUUGAAGAAUCGAAGUUCACGUAGGGGUACAUUUUUCAGAACAAUCAUAUGGGACUUGAAUUUGGAAAAUUAGAUGUUCAGAAUCUUCAGAUAUCUGCAAGGAAAGGCAGCUGAGGAAAGGAUACAUAUACUUAUUUUAUGUUACGAGGUUCAUUCUAGAGAUUAACUGCUGAUUGUAUUGACAAAGGUACAGAAGUUGCGACUAUGUGAUAUAGCUAGCAUGUUCUGUGGUCUAUGUGAUAUAGCUAGCAUGUUCUGUGGUCUGUAUUCUGGUUUCGUCGUAGAUGAUUUACAAACUGAUCAUCACGCCUGACUUGUUUGACAGUGGCCAAACAAAAAUAGCUCAAAGAAGUUAAGCAGACGGCGGCAUGAGGUAUUUCUUUUCUUAAGGUAAUUUACAUUGAACACGAGAUCUGCUGUAAAUUUUUUUGCCAUGUCCAGAAAUCCUCAUUGUUUUUUCAUCAUACAUUGUAAAUGAUUUGCACAUUAGUAUACACAACGGUCUGAGCUGAUUUUUUUUCCCUUAAGCUCAAUGAUGCAUAACA